CCUGCCAUCGGUAAGGCUUCAGCACCGCCUGAAAUCCGCUGCAUCCAGGACCAGGGGAACAUAGUUUGUUUAUAAAACAAACCAAUACAAUUACCUCUGAUAAGGGUCUUGACGUUUUAAGAGGCUAUAGAAUGUCGUCACCAUGGGUCAAAAGCAGCGAGCCAGUGCAGGCGGUCAGUCUGGCGGACAUAAUGUCAGAGCAGUACGCUCACAAGCUCCACGACAAGGAGGUGCAGCGCCACAAGGAGAAGGGAGACAGCCGGAAGACUGACCAGGAUGUCACCUCCAUUUGGCAGGGUGAAUCCUCGCUGGGCAUUGCCAGCUACUCUAAUGUGGCGGGUACUUCUACCCAGAACUCAAACCCAAAAGAUGAUGGAGAGUGGGAGGAUUACUCUGCCCUCUUAGCCGGUAUCGAGAUUCCGCCAGAAGAGAUCCAGUCGCCAGAGGAUAGCGAUGCGGUCAUUGCCCAAAUGCUGCAGUCCCAGUUCGAUCACGAGUAUAACGAGGAACUGCGUCGCAUAGAAAAACAGCAGAACAAGCAGUCCAAGGUCACUGUUACUUUGAAUAAAUUUCUGCGCGACGGCGAUGCCGAGUUCUUGCACGACACUGCCGAGGAUGAUUAUGAGGAGGAUGAGCUGGAGCAGCUGAAGCAUGAUUGGGACAGGUUUGAGACUAACGAAAGGAUGCUGGAUGCGAUUCCGCGCUGUGGUUUUAAGGUCAACAAAGAUGGCGAAAUGAUCACCAAGCACGAUCCACAGUUGUGCGCGGUACGAAAUGCCCAGCGGGUCAUGUCCUUUCCACCGGAAUUUCCCACCGGUGACGGGGCAGGUUUUGAUAUGAAGUUGUCCAAUAAGGUCUUCAACCAACUGCGUGCCUACUCUCGCCGUGGUCGCUCCGAUAAACACGAAAAAGUGGCCACCGCUGAAAUGGGCUUGGACGCCAAUACGCGGCUGCUGUUGUACAAGCUAAUCAACAAUCAAAUUCUCGAGCAGAUCAACGGCAUAAUCUCGACGGGAAAGGAGGCUGUUAUCCUGCACGCCAACUCCGAUUCGAACUAUACGGGUACCAAUGAACACGGCCACCAAAGUGGAGUCCUGAUGCAGGCACAUCUGCUGCCCAAGGAGUGUGCCAUUAAGAUUUUUAAGACGACGCUGAACGAGUUCAAGCAGCGCGAUCGGUACAUCAAGGAUGACUACCGAUUCAAGGACCGCUUUAGCAAGCAGAAUCAUCGUGUGAUCAUUAACAUGUGGGCUGAAAAGGAGAUGCACAACCUGAUGCGAAUGCAAGCCAUCGGGAUGAACGUCCCCGAUGUGGUGGUCUUGAAAAAGCACGUAUUGGUCAUGCGGUUUAUUGGCGACAACCACAAUGCAGCUCCCAAGCUGAAGGAUGCAAGGCUUAGUGCCGCGGAACUGAGCUGCGCCUACGAGGAGAUCGUGGAAGCUAUGCAUAAGCUGUACAACGAAGCCAAGUUGGUGCAUGCCGACUUGAGCGAGUACAACAUCCUUUGGUACGAGGGCAAGUGCUGGUUCAUUGACGUGGCCCAGAGUGUGGAGCCCAAGCACCCAAGCGCCCUGGAGUUUCUAAUGCGAGAUUGCGGUAACAUUAUAAACUUUUUCGAGCGCUGCGGACUGCCAAAUAUUUACACCAAGGAGCAGCUCUUUGAGUUUAUAACGGGCCUUAAUGCGGAAAUCCACAAUGCCGCCCAGUUGGAGAAGAUUCAUACUCGUUCUGCGUCCAUCAUGCAGGCCACGGCUCCGAACCAAGAAGAGUGCCCUGAUGAACUGAAGCCCCUGGAGUAUCCUUUCGAGCUGGCGUGGGAGAAAUCCCAACGAGAUCGGGAGGCCCUGAAGGCCCUAAAGAAAAACGAGGAUAGCAACGACAAUGAAGAAAAUGAGAACCAAGAAAGGAAAAGCGAUGGAAACGAUAAUGACGAGACGAAAACGGAUGAAAAAACUGCCAAAAAUUGAUAUAUUAAAAGUAUAGUUUCAUUUAUUGUUCAUAUUGAUAUUAUCAGUUUGGCCUGAGCAAUUCUAAUUGAAUUUAUAAAAUUCCAAAGGACGAAAUACAAUGGUUUUAGCCAAGGGAGUUGGCUAUAAAAGAAUCCUUGAAA